AUGGAUCAAAUUGCUGCAUUUAUACGUAUAAAUAAUAAAAUGAACCCAGAAUUCACUGUUCAUGUUUCAAAUAUUUCACCAAAAGCCAACACUAAAACUGUUUCAGAUUUCUUUUCAUUUUGUGGCAGAAUUGUAAAUUUAUAUUUAAAGACCGACCCAAGUGGUGCCUCUCAACAAGCUAUUGUUGUAUUUGAAUCAGACUCAGCAGCUAAAACAGCAUUACUUUUAACAAAUGCAUUAAUUGUAGAUAAAGUUAUUCAAGUUGUUCCAUUUACACCAGCAUUAGAAAAUGAAUUCCAACAACAAAUCUCAAGUAAUCCAACUCAAGACCAACAACCAAAUCAAUUUACCUCACAAUCUGAAGAAGAUAUUGUAAAUAGAGAACACUCAGUACCAGAUAGUGAAAGAACCAAGACAUCAGUCAUAGCAUCAGUUAUUGCAGCUGGUUACAGUGUUGGUCAAGAUGCAGUUAUUAAAGCACGUCAAGUUGAUGAAGAACAUAUGAUUUCAUUAAAUAUUAAAGUUGGUGCUGAAGCUGUUAAAGCCAAAGCAAACGAAAUCGAUAAUAAACUUCAUAUCACUGAAAAUGCUACUGCUGUAAAGAAUGUUGUUGUUGAAAAAGCCCAACAAAUUGAUGAAAAAUUCCAAAUUACUGGUAUGUUCAAGAGUGCUGGUGAUUACUUAUCCCAACAAGUUAAUAGCCUUUAUUCUACCGUACAAGAAAAUCCAACAAUUUCAAUGGGUAUUAAUAAAGUUUCAACUUUUGGUACUUAUAUUAAACAAGAGGUUCAACAAGUUCAAGAUGAAACCUCACGUGCUAUUGAUGAAAAAAAUAGAGAAAAAGGUAUUCCAGUUGUUGACUCUUCAAACCAAAAUAUUUCCCAACCAGAACAAGAAUUACAACAACAGCAACAACAACAACAACAACAACACAAUUAUUCAGAAAUGUAA